UGGGCGGGGCGUCGGCCGUCUUUUCGGCUUUCGGCUCGGCGGAGGCUACGGUGCAACUUUCUUCGGUCGUCCCGAAUCCGGGUUCAUCCGACACCAGCCGCCUCCACCAUGCCGCCCAAGUUCGACCCCAACGAGAUCAAAGUCGUGUACUUGAGGUGCACCGGAGGUGAGGUCGGCGCCACGUCCGCCCUGGCCCCCAAGAUCGGCCCCCUGGGUCUGUCUCCAAAAAAAGUUGGUGAUGACAUUGCCAAGGCAACCGGAGACUGGAAAGGCCUCAGGAUCACAGUGAAGCUGACCAUCCAGAACAGACAGGCCCAGAUUGAGGUGGUACCCUCUGCCUCUGCCCUGAUCAUCAAAGCCCUCAAGGAGCCACCAAGAGACAGAAAGAAGCAGAAGAACAUUAAACACAGUGGAAACAUCACUUUUGACGAGAUUGUCAACAUUGCCCGGCAGAUGCGACACCGGUCUUUAGCCAGAGAACUUUCUGGAACUAUUAAAGAGAUCCUGGGUACUGCACAGUCUGUGGGCUGCAAUGUGGACGGGCGCCAUCCUCAUGACAUCAUUGACGACAUCAACAGUGGUGUGGUGGAAUGCCCAGCUAGUUAGAAGCAACAAGAGAGAAUAUUUCAAUAAAAGACCAUCUGUCUGAUAAACCAAUGGGCCUGGCUGUUUUUUGGGCAGGGGAGUGUUUCUCUUUUUGGCAUGUUCAGUAUGGCCAUGGUAGCAGAAUAUGAAGCACCAAGUUCUGGUGUAGCUUUGUAGACAGCUAGGAAGGAAAGGGGACUUUUCUAUGGGUGUGGUUAGGCUGUCAGGAAGAAUCUUGCUCUAGUUUACAUACCGGCUACAGUUUCCCCUCCUCCCCCUUGCCCUUCCACUCCUGGCUCCAUUCAAGGGGGCAGGCCUCCUGUGGGUUUGAGGUAAAGCUUGGCACCUUAAGUUGAGGCAGGACCAGAGUUCCUCCCCUUGGGUCAAGCCUGGGCAAGGUGGUAUCUAGUGUGGGGUACAGGUUCCCAAAAGCCAGCUAAGCUUUAGGGACACUUGGCUACAAAAGACAGCAGUACUUACAGCAAGGCAUCUGAGAAAGCUCUACCUGGACCACAACCAUGAAAGGGAAAACGCUGUGUGGGGUUAAGGGUGACUUUUUUUUGUUUUCCAUUUCAUGAGUUUCUCCCCAAUGAACACAAGUUAUGUUUGUAUUUAGAGGAAGAAAAGGUCCAAUGCAACUUGAAUUAAAAAAAAAAAACACUUGGUAGCACAUGUAUUUUUGCAGUCGACCAGACUUUGAUUUCCAGCAUCUACAUGGUUGACAACCACCCCAAAUUCCAAGGAUACCAAGCAUGCUUACUGCACAGGCACAUGCUGGCAGCAGUCUACAAACCUGUCAGAUUUCAGCUCACCAAACACCCAUCCAGCCGCCCCAGGGAAGGGAAGGUGCUGGAAGAGAAAUCGAUGAAGCCUGUCUGCUGCUGUUGACUCGCCUGCGUUGACCACGAGUGGGGGAGGCUCAGGUGACAUGGUCCCUGGGUGCUUGGGCUGUGGGUCAGUUUUUGCCAUUUCCUACGCUCAGGUGUAGAAAGAUAACGGGUUGGUAGUGAAGAGCACUGGCUGCUCCUCCAGCACCCGUAUGGCAGCUCACAACUAACUAGUUCCAGGAGACCUGACAGACAUGCCGUGGCGGUGGUGUGUGCCUUUGAUCCCAGCAGAGCCAGGCGGAUCUCUUGAGUAAGAGGCCAGCCUGGUCUACAGAGCGAGAUCCAGGACAGGCACCAAAACUACACAGAAACCCUGUCUCGAGGAAAAAAAGUUAUAUUCCCCAUGUCCAGUGCUGGGGAUCAGUGUGCAAAUCAUACAUCAGUGAAAAGGGGAUAGUCUUGUAGAGGGCUAAGGUGUUUUUUUUAAGUUUUUUGAGACAGUUUAUAGCUCUCGCUGUCAUGGAACACUAGACUAGGCUGGCCUUAAACUUAGAUCUGCCUGAGCCAGGACCUCUCUGCUGGUCUUCGGAUUUUAUGGGUAAAUCAGUUGGUAUACAAUGUCUUCCGUGUAGGUGGGUUUAGAAAUAUGGUGUAUUUAGUUCUCUGGGGAAAGUGGCUGCAGAUGAGAAGUUAUUACUAGUGGGUGCCUCAACUUACCAUAAGCAGAAGAAACAAGGUGGGCCACCAGAGUGGACCACUUAUAAAACACAAGCUGCUUCUUGGCACCCACCAUAAUUCUGGCUAUUUUGGAGGCUGAAGUAGAAAGGCCUUUUAAAUACAAGGCCACCCUGAGCAAUUUGGGGAGACAGUUAUAAUAAGUUUAAAGGAUGCUGGCUGCUCUGCCAGAGGACUUGGGUUCUGUUCAUUGCAUACAUGACAGUUGAAUAAUACUGAUACCCUCUUGACCUCUCUGGGCAUGUAUGUACAUGUACUUAUAUAUGUGAUGCACAUAAAUGCAAGGUCAACAUACACCUUAAAAUCUGAAAGAAUUUAAGUCUUUUUGCAGAGGACCCGAGUGUGUUUCCCAGCACCCAUACUGGCUAAAACACCUGUAAUUCCAGCCCUUAAUGGAUUUGACACCUCUGCUAUGUGGGUAACUGCAUGCAUGUGGCAUUUAUUCACAGGCAUAAACACAAAAUUCUUAAGAGGGUAGGGCGAAAUCGACUGGAAAGCAUAAAGCUCUAUGCUAAUUGAAGUACUGCAAAAACAACAAAAACCAAAAACACUGACUAGAAAUAACUACUAUGGAAUGUGGCACUAACAUACUUCUGACUAAAGACUGAAGGCUUUCUCCCGUUAAAACAAGCACACUGAGGGUGUCCGCUUCUGUUUUGACUGCCUGCUGCUCUUGUAGAGGACCCAGGUUCAAUUCCGAGUACCCACAGUGGGGUAGCUCACAAUCACCUGUAACUCCAGGGAAUUCAACACCCUCUUCUGGCUCCUGUACAUGUGCACAUAUGUACACUCAGGGCAUAGGUGCACACACACACACACACACACACACACACGUUAAAUGUCAUCACACAACCUUUGCAUACAUAUUAAUUGCAGCAAUGCUCAUGACCUAUAAGUGAAUGUAAUCCAAAUGUCCAUUCACUGAGGAAUGAACAAAAUGGGAUAUGUAUACGUAUGUUUUUCAGUCAUAAAGAGGACUGAGUGUUCAUAUACAUUAUAGCAUGGAUGAGCCCUGAACACCGCGCUGACAGGCUAAACAAGGUCAUGUAUUGCAUGAGUCCAUCUAUGUAACAUGCCCAGCAAAUCCAGACAGAAAGCCGAGGAAUUUGGAGCUUAGGUCUGAGGAGUGACUACUAAUAAGGGGUUUCUCUUCCAGAAGAUGUGUUCUGGAAUUAAAUAGUGGUUACAUAACUACAUGAAAAUACGGCCUGAACCACCGAAUGUAAAAGGGUCACCUUUAAAAGCAUGAAACGACUACUAUGACGUGUAACUUAAUCUGAAUAAAAGGUCAGAACCGGGCACUGGUUUUAGCAUAGACUGUUGCUGAUGUGCACCUAGCCCCUGUACAUCGCCAUCUUUUGUGAUGCAGGUAGGAUAGUCACAUUUGUUGUGCGUUCCAAGUACCUUCAGACGCUAUUUCACCUGGUUACAGUUCUUAGAGUCACGAAGAGAGCCAAGAUCUAUUUUCUACAGAGAAACCCAGGCUAAGAAGGACCUUCGGGCUGCACACUCCCCUGUCCUCCACGAAGUCCGUGCUAAGAGGCUGAACCUGCCCUCGAAGUGGUCCCUGUUCCAAGCAUCCCCAGCUGCUUCCCCCGGGGCGGAAGGCUAACGUCGCCCAUACCCCUCUCCACUGGAUAAGAGGCAGUUAGGUACGCAGAGAGCCCACUCCGCUCAGACCGCUGGUGGAGUGCUGCGCACACCAGUGGGGAAACUGAACAACUGCACAGCUCUCCGCCCCUUCUCACCGGCCCACACACAGGGCAACGCUGACGCGGCCGCUCCGGGACCUGGGAGCCCUGGCCCCAGAAACCGCGCGGACCGCUUACCCCGCGGCAGGCGGGCGCGUAGGAAACACGUCACUUCCGGCCACGCGCAGUCCGCACACCGGAACUCGCUUCUAACAAGUCACUGUGUCCACUCCUCUGCGGUCUCUUCCCGGCCGCCAGGAUUGUGACCCCUGUUGCCUCGUGGGGUGUAUUUUACAAAGAAGCUCCCGCAUGCCGGUCCUCGCUUCCAGAGUCCAUCCUGAGAACUAACUCCGCAUCUUUCAGGUGCACUCGGAUCCGGGCGUGGAACCUCGGACAGGGAGCGACCAGGCCGCCAGGAUGCCGGGAAGGGUGCUUAUGCUGCCAGUGGGCGACUUUCCCAGAGAACAGUUGUCAUUCCUUCCCAAGCAAGUUUGUGGUGGGGCGUGGUCCGGGAGGGUCAUUUAGAGGAAAACAGCUCGGACCUCACACUGUUGUGCUGACCUGCCAUGCUCAGCAGUCAGGAUGAGCUCUGGAGCCCAGGGAGUCAUCGUUUUCCCUGCUUGGGAUCGAGGCAGCCCAGAGCUCACACCUCAGCUAGUGCGAUCUUCAUCUUUGGCAGGUUUCCUGUCUUAGUCCUAUGAUCUCACUUUUGACCGCCGGGAGGUAGCAGAGUGCUUCAGGUGUCAGAUGAUGUCAUUCUGCAUAUGGCUACUUAGGGGUGCUAGGGCAUUUCUGCGCUUUGCAGAAACCAGGAUUUGCCCACGUUAUUCUGGGGAUGGUAAUGUGAAUAUGGUAAGGGUAAUUGACAUUUGUGAAGAGUGCAGGUUUGUACCUCAGGCUGCAUAAACCUGUGUCUGGUAUACCUCUCCUCUGGGAAUGUUCAUCUUCCCCUCUCCAUGGCCUUGUUCUUAUGGUGUUGACUUAGGCUCUUUGGUGGGGGAGGGGCGGGGGCAGGUACAGGACUGUCUGAUGGAGCUGGCUCUUGGCUUCUCAAACUUUAUACUCCGAGGGGAAGUGUCCAGAGACUGUGGAGGCCUUAGGGAAUGUAUGGACCCCCAGAGCACUGGCAUCGGGGGCAGUUGGUGACAGAAGGCGGUACACUGAGGCGGCAGGGUGGGGAGUAAAACAGGAGGGAACCUCAGGCCAGGCAUGGUAGUGUGUGUCUGGAACCCCAGCACUGGGGAAAGAGACCUAAGGCCAGCCUGGUUUAUAGAGUGAAGCCCUUCCUUGAAACUCCCUUUCAGGUGUCCAUUUAUGAUAGAUACAUCCCUGAGUUUGACACUGACCUUGCCUGCCGCCCCCUACCACCCCUCUCAACGGCUGCUGUGGGCCAGCCAGCAUUUUCUUUUCUCUUUGCCAUCCUCUGUUCAAGCGCUUUACAUACCUCAGCACCAGGCCAGUUAGAGGUAAUUAAUUGGCCCAGAGAUAUUGUGACCAUCCAGGUCACACAGGCAGUAAGUACUACACUGGAAUUGGAAUUUAACAUCCUGACUUACCCUUUCCCAGGCUGCCUGGCUCCUCCUCCAGGUUACAGGGAAUACAGUUGGAAGCCACAGUGAUAUUGCCUACAUGUUUAAUCACCUCUCCAGUGGUCUAUACGCCUGACCUCUUGCCUUCUAGUCUUUCAUUAGCCCACUGACAGGUUGGACAGUGGCCAAGCAAGUCCUUUGCAAGGACCAGUCUGUGGCUGAGAAUAGAUGCCUGGGCAGACAGUGGUGUAGGCAGGCCCCUUGCCUCAGCCCCGUGGCCUGAUGUGUUGAGCCAGCUAAUUUCCCUAAUCACAGUCAUGUCCACACCUGUCUGAGGUACUACUCCAUGGCCUUUGCUGUGACUCCCUGAGAACUGACUUGGUCACGAGGGAGGCCCUUCUCAGACACAACCCACUGCGGCCUAUCAAGAUGGAUGGGUUGCUUUGCCAGUGUGCACCUUAUUGACCAACAACCACACCUGUACGGUUUCAUCCUGUGAAGGUUUGCUCAGACAACAUCUAUUAUUUUAGUUACCUCCUUCAUGUCCACCCUUACCCUCCACCCCCUCACCUCUCAUUAUCAGGGUUUCCUUGCUUCUCCAUCUGUCUCUACCAUUGUCCUUUAUCCCUAUUAUCUCCAUCUAUUGUCAGUCUCCCCCUUUUAAAAUGAAUCUACAUAUGACAUCCGAAUUCUCAAUAAAGAGACUGGAAACAA